UCAUUCAUUCGUUUUGUUAUUGUUAUUUUAUUUACCUAUUUGUUUACAUCAAGCAUCAUAUUUGUUUACAUCAAGCAUCAAUAAUUUCAAGAGGGAGGAAGCCCGAAGCGUUAUGGCUUGUUGCGAUGACACAGGGUCUGAGGAUGAAAACCAAGAGUCUGUCAAAAUACGGGGCUGCACUGACGUGUUUUGGCUUAUCAUUUACAUACUCUUCUGGUUUUUAAUGAUUUUGAUUGCUGGAUUUGCUCUAGUUUACGGUAAUCCACUGCGGUUGAUUCACGGCUACGACAGUUUCGGAAACACUUGUGGCUCGUCCUACAACGAUGAUAUACUCAUCAAUCAGAAUCUGUCAGGCAUCAACACUUUAGACAGAAGGUAUUUGUUCUUCACGGACAUUCGAAAUAUCAGAAAUUCCCUCCAGCUCUGCGUCAAAAAGUGUCCAGACAGAAACAUUGACUCAAUACAAGAGUUACAGCAAUUUUAUAAGGACACUGGCUCCAGUUUGUGCAGAUAUGACUUUGACCUGGAGAACUACAAAGGAGCUCCUCACAACCUAAGUGAGACAGCCACAGUCCUGUCAUCUCUCGGCCCAUGUCCUCCAUUACCUGUGUAUAAAAGUGUCCCAAUACUAAACCGCUGCGUGCCAGAGCCUGUCACUGAUAUUGUCAGAACCUUUGUCCGAGACAUCUACGGACUUCUUAACAGCUGGGACUUUGGAGAGCAAAUCCUCAGCGACAUAUUCUCUGCUUGGGAAUACAUUGCUGGCCUCACAUUCUUGUCCUUAGUAUUGUCACUCCUGAUGGUAUCUCUGUUCUACCUGGUGGCCAGUUUUGUUGCUCACAUCAUUCUUGUGGCUGUCAGCUUGGUGUGCAUUGGUGCCACUGGAUAUUUGUGGGUAACAUUCUACCAGCUCAAGUCUCAGCUAGACAGCACGUCUUCUGAUCAGCUGUUAGACGAGGCCGUACAGAACGAGAGGGCAUUCUGUAUCUACUCCAUCAUCGCUACAAUUGUCACUGUGAUCAUUCUACUACUAGUGCUGGUGAUGCGCAGUAGGGUAGAUUUUGUUGCCACUCUGUUCAAGGAAGCUGCCGACUGUCUAGCUGCGUUGCCAUCACUCUACUUGCAGCCUGUUGUCUCUUUUGUACAGCUGAUUAUCUUCUACGCCUUCUGGCUACUCGUUGUUGUCUGUCUCGCUACGGCCAACUACCCAGGUGCAAAGCCGUUGAGGCCGUUCUCAAGUGAUUCUGUCCUUGAAACUCUCCAGUUCGCAGUCAACAAAUCAGUUGAUAGCAACAAAAAUCUAAUGGAGUUGAAAAAUAUAUCAGCUGCAUCAUUCACACCCUUCACCCUAGUGGACUACACUGAUGGUACAUGGGUGCGCUACGUCUGGUGGGUCUACUUCAUUGGCCUUGUGUGGACUUCGGAGUUCAUCUUGGCUUGUCAACAGAUGGUCAUAGCAGGAGCCGUCGCUCGCUGGUACUUCAACAAAGACAAGACGGAUCCGAAGCCACCAGUGUGGACAGCGUACCGUCACCUCAUCAGUUACCACCUCGGCUCAAUGGCUCUAGGCUCUCUACUGAUCACACUGUUCAAGGUGCCUCGCCUCAUACUGUCCUACAUCUCCGCCAAGUUGAAGAAGAACGAGCAGUCGGAGGUGGCCCAGUGCCUAGCCAAGUGUUGUACUUGUUGUCUCUAUGUUUUUGAGAACUGCAUACGCUACAUAAACCACAACGCUUACACUGUGGUCGCCAUGCAGGGAAUCAACUUCUGUCCAGCCGCUUCCAGGGCCUGGCAUGUCCUGGUAAACAAUUCUCUGAGGUUGGCUACCCUGAAUAGUGUUGGAGACUUUAUCCUGUUCCUGGGCAAGCUGAUAGUCAUGUGUAUUACUGGAGUUAUCGGUCUGUUCAUCUUCAAGCAAGAUCCCGACUUGCAUCUAUAUGCUGCUCCAACACUCGUCGUCUGCAUUUUCGCUUACUUCGUCGCUCACUGUGUCAUUAGUUUGUACGAGGUAGUGAUAGACACACUGUUCCUGUGUGUCUGCGAGGAUCAGAACAUCCACGGAGACGAGGGUCGGUGGAGACAGACAGCUAUUGCCAACCUGAGUGCGGCUAGGAAAGCAGCCAACCUGGGAGAACAACAACCCAUCAACACUUAAGUGGCUGGCGUAGCACAGCAUGUCGAGAUAUAUACUUAAACUCUUCCUGCCAUAUUGCAAUUAGUAUCACACUUAGUAUUUCUGAAACUGCUGUUUAAACAGUAGCCUACAGUAAAUCUAAUUGAUCGCUAGUUUUGAAGGAUUUUCGGGAGGAUAUGCUUACCUGAGUGGGAAAGAGUCCAUUGUGACACAAAAAACUAAAUCCUUCAUUGUUUAAAAUGCUUAAAAGUGAUAGUUAAAUGUUAUAUUUUAUAUGUUUAGUGUAAAGAGAUUUGUUUCUUGUGCACAAUGAUCUAUUUCUAUCCUGGCAAGCCUGCUAUUCUAUAAAAAAAAUGUGGCAUUUUAUAUUGAUUGUUUGAUGUUUGUCAUUUUCAAAUUGUGUAUUGAGAUUCAUUGUUUUAUUUGUAUGUUAAGCGUAUUAGUACAUUUAAACAAAACGUAAACCAAAUAAGUGUGAUGCUAUAUUUUUAAAUACUAUUUGCUUGUCUUGUAGUUUGUAAACUUAAGUCGCACAACCUGUCCACAAUGCUAAGACUGAAUCAGCCUAACAACUUUGUGGCCUUCCUUUUACAUACCUGAUUUUUAUGUUAGUAUUAUAAUAUUUUAAAAUACUUUUAAUAAUUUAUCAAACUUUUAGCGUGUUGUAUGUAUAAAGUAAAAUUAAAAGUAUGUUGAGGUUGGUGUGAUUUUUUAAAAAUUUCUUAACAUUUUAAAGUAGUUUGUAUUAGGAAUAUAUAUACUUUUAGUGUAGAGAGAAUUUAUUAAUGUUAGAUGUAGUUUCGAAUUUGAGAAACAGACAAGAAUUGACUAUAAUAGUCAAACUGUAUGAAAAAGUUCUACUUAAACAAUUUCCAAGCUAAACGUUUGUGAUCAAAUUUCCCUAAGAUUCGUAAAUUAAGAAAUGUAUUAACUGUCAUAUAAAGUAUACAAAUAUUGUAGGUAAUGUAUGUGUGCCAUCACAUUUCUCUGAUUUCUGCUGCUAAUUUAUAAGAAAAAUUUAUAUGGAAAAUUUCUAAAUAUAUUUUUUUAUGUUUUUUAAUUUAGUAUGUAUUCUUCUAGUUUGUAUUCUUCUCAACUCUUUGAGUUAGCUUCAUUUUUUAUACUCUUCUUUGAAUUUAAUGUGUGGUUGAAGGACAAAUUUGUUUCCCCUGAUUCAAAUUCUUUAUUCACUCAUUAACAUCUUAAAUAGUAUGGUACAAAAAUAGAAGUGUCAUCAUAAUAAAAUAUAAAAAAAAUAUAACUAAUAAAUUCACACAACUAAAAAUUAUUCCUGCUGACAUCAAGUAAAAGUUAGGUACCAUUAUAAAAAAAACCCCUAUAUGGGUGGGUGUUCAUUAAAAAGUGUCAGGAAAAUAUUUUGCAAAAGAGCUGUUUUUACUACACUAUUCUGUUAUUUAUGGGAUUGAUUAAAAUAUGUUUAUUUGAUUGUGUUAAUUUAUUUAAGAUAAUAUAAAAAUUACUUCUGUAACCUUUGUACUUAUUCAUAGUAUUCGACAACAUAUUUUAACAGAACUAAAGAGAAGAUCAAUUUUAACGUGGUAACUACAAGCAGACUUACAAGUUAGUUGUAGCAUUGACUUUAGAUAUUAAGUAUAGUAUUGUAUCCAUAGUCAAACAUUAUAUAUUAUCCCAAUUAUUUUAAAUCAAUACUUUUUUAAAUGAAUUUGUCAUAGAUUUUGCAUUUUUAGUUAAAAAAAUUGUAUUUGCUAUCAUGUAUUUGGACGAUUUUAACUUUACUUAAAGUCUGUUAUGCUAUUACUCUACAAAUUAGCUGUUCCAAAAGUUUUAUAAAGUGAAAACAUAACAAAUAUUAAUUGCACAUUUUUUUAUAUGUGUGCAAAAAUUGUAUAUUUUUUAUCUAUAA